GCUUUGGAGUGACCUCAAGGCAAAGCAUAAGUUAAACCUCAGGGGACUCCUCUAUUCUUGAUAUUUUCCUCGCAUGUCAGUUCGUGUGAGAUCGCGUGUUCGCCCACACGGGGCUGUCAAGCACGCCGCGUCGACGCCUCUCACCACCUCCGCUUUGAGCGAAACGGCGCAGUGCUCCUCCUCCCCGUGCGAGGAUGAACGCGCAUACAAGGAACUCAUCCGUCAACGCGACGAUCGACAUCGACGGAUUUGUCAGAAAAAUCAUGCACUGGCGGAGCUCGAGCGCAGCAUUUUACGCUUUUAUUACGACCACUCGAUGUGCUACGAGAAGGAGCUUCGGGAUAUCCUGGAAUCCGCCUCACCUCUCGCCUUGGAUUCCACCGCGAAGGUCCUUUCUCCCGGCUCUAGCGAGGUGAGCCGGCGGAUGCGUGAGUUUCGAGCCCAAGAAGAACGACAAGCGACGGAGCGGGCGGCGUACAAAGACGCGAUUGUACGCAUGGAGGAGGAGUACGAGCGAACCGUUAUUCAUGGUAAACUGGCCGCGCAGCAGGAGGUCAUCCGUCUUGCGCAAUCGGAGCUGCAUGAUUUGAAUGUCGAGCUGGAAAAACAAAAACGAAUCGAUCAAAACCUUGUCUCCCUCAUCGACAACUUGGAACGGGAGCUGCGGGAUCUACGCAAGGAAAAGGAUAAUUCCGCCCAACGCAUGGCAGUUUUGGAGGAAAAGAAACGGAAUCAAAUGGAAAAUCUGGGGAACACUCGACUGGAACUGCAGCAGGCUCAUGCCGAUGCGUUACAGGCUCGAAAGGAGCUUGAACGAAGAGAGGCUGUUAUCGGUGAUUUACAAAGUCAGAUCGAGGAACACAGUUUACGUCUAAAGCGCAGAAAGUUGACUUAG